ACUGAAACAGAAAUGGCGAAUUCACUAUGCUUCUUCUCUUCUCCUCCUACCUUUUGCUUCCCGUCUCCCAUCAAAACCCCUAAGCCUACUCACUUCUUCCCAUUAGGUGAUAAGAAGUCGUCGUUGGUUCAGAAAGGAGAAGUGUUUCAGACUUCCAAAUCCAAAAGCUUCGAAAUUCAGGCCACAGACGGUACUCAGACCACUAAAACGAACAGCAUAGUUUGUCAAAAAUGUGAAGGGAAUGGUGCUGUGGCAUGUUCUCAAUGCAAAGGGGGUGGUGUGAAUUUGAUUGAUCAUUUUAAUGGGCAGUUUAAAGCUGGUGGCCUCUGUUGGCUUUGCAGGUUUUGCUCUUCUUCGUCUUCUUCCUUCUCCACAAUAAACAAACUCAUAUAUUAAUAUCCUCUUUAAUUAAUUGUGGGCAGAGGUAAAAAGGAGGUUUUGUGUGGAGAGUGCAAUGGAGCUGGUUUCCUUGGUGGUUUCUUGAGCACCUUCGACGAGUAAUAGAGAAAAGCUUCUUACAAAAUGAAUUUUGUGCUAUUAUAUCACUCAUGAACACUCUUUAUAAACCUUAGAAGAGGUUUCUCUCUAUCAACGCUCUUCUUCUAAACCCAUUAUGUAUUACUAUUUGUUAUUUGAACACCAUGUUUUAUUGUACUUUUUUGUUUCUUUAGAUGCCUCCCUCACAUUUCAUGUUCUGCCUCUCUCAUUUUUUCUUCUAUAGAUUGAAAUAUAUACUGUUAGGUUUAACAACAUAUCUAUAUAUCGAUUAGAUUUUAGAUGGACAUUUUCAAAUGGUUUGUAGGAUAAAUAAUUUCAGUUUUGUAUCUAACCCAAUGAUAAAUGUAUUAUGUAAUUUUACAGAAAUAGAGUUUCCCAUUUCUUAUCUUUCUUUUUGUCGUCUAGAAGAUUAUAAUGAACAUGAACCAAGUCAGAGAACUGAUGAGAUAAAGUUGGCGAGUUAAGCUGAUCCCGAAGACUAAAUCCAGUGGAAAGAACCCUGGAGACAUAAACCAAAUGAAUAAAAUGAUUCUUUGGAAACAAACCAAGAUAGAUCAAAUGCCACCUAAGAGUACAGAGUAUACACAAAAAGCAGAACCAUCAUAAUGAAACGAAACACCCUAGCAAGAUAAACCACCAAGGAUGGAAAAAAAGAGAGGGGGAAAGCGUCCAAUGCCAAAACUAUUGGAGAUGAACCAAAAGCCACAACUCAUUGCUCUGGAACACACUAAGAGCUACGAUAAAAUUAUUAUAAUGGCCACAUAUAAAUUAUAAACUAUUGUAAAUUCAGUAUGAUAUAAAUAAAUUAAGUUGGCUAGAAUUAAAAUAAAUUGAAUAAAUAAAAUUUUAUCUAUAUUUUCGUCUUCGUCGGGUCACACCUCCAUUGUUUUGUUUUUUUUUUCUCUGCACAAAUCUGAGUGAUUCUCGAGAAGGCCAAGCUAGAAACAUCAACGAGUAAACUCACGAAAGCAGUGCCGUCUUAACCAAUAUAAUAAUUUUGGGCGAAACACGAAAUAUAGAUUGUCUUAUAAAUAUUCUCUAUAUUUUUUCUUCACUGCAUUUCUUAUAACUUGAGUUCUAGCAUCUUCAAUGCAAUACUACAUUUUUUUGCACUAUAAUGAUACAACACCAAAAUGGAUUUAGAUUUUACUGCAAUGUAUUACUCCAUUUUUUACACUAAAAAGAAUAUUUUAGAUUGAUCCUACUUUUUUAUGUCAUCAAUGAUCCUACUUUUAUUUAAUUAAUAAUUGUUAUUAAUACUUUCUACUUAUAAAAAUUAUCAAUUAACUCCAACUAUCUAUAUUUACAGAACUUCCAUAAAAAAAUAAUUCAUUUAAAUUAAACAUUUAUUAUUAAAAACUACAAUAAUAUAUAUAAGAUAUCAUAUUUUGGUUCAAUAGUGAGCAUUGGAAUAUUUUUCACAAAUGGUAAAUUGGUGCAUUUCAUAAUGAAUAAUGAGCUUCUUUAUCUUUGAUUUAUCUAAAUUGAAGAAUAAAAUUUUAAAAUCGGUCAUUUUCAUCGUUUGGACGAUACUUCACUGAUCUUAGCGGUUCCAAAAAUGAUUUACUGGAUUAUUAAAUUACUUAUUUUAUGAUUUUUUAUUUUUUAUGUUUAGUUUUGAUAUUUUAUUAGUUUAUGCAUCAUUAUGUAAAAUUAUUAAUUAAUCUCUUAUGAAAAUCAUAAUUUUAUGUUAUUGUACUAUUUUUAAAUAUUUAAGUAUGAAAUAAAAACAUUCAAGAUUUAAAAGAUCAUUCUCUAAAAAAAGGUUUCAAUGGAGUAACCCUACCCAUUACUCCUUUUGGAGUUGAAAAUAGAGUGGGGUUGGAAUAUAUUUUACUCAAAUAUGAUGUUUGCAAUAGAAAAUAGAAUAUGAUUGGAGAUGACCUAAGACCUUAAAUAAAUAGAAAAAAAUAUAUCAAAACUAAUGAUGAAAGUAUAAAUUUCUUCUUAUUUUAUUUUUAAUAAAUAAAUUAAAUUUAUUUAAUUAUAUAUCUUUUUUAAUAAUAUUAACAAACCUAUUUUUCUGGUACAAAUUAAAACGACGCAAACAGAUGUUGAGGGGGAGAGGAGCUCCGAGACACGAACUGAUAUUACAGUUAUUAUCCUUUACUUUUCUGCAGGGGCUCUUAUCCAUGGCAACAUGGACAUUUGCCAUCGGUCCAUAAAUAUUUUUUGUGUUGUUUUAAAGGUUUAUUUCAAUUUGGUUUCACAUAAAAAAAACAAAUUGAAAUAGACCUUUAAAACAACACAAAAAAUAUUUAUGGACCCAUGGUAAAUAUCCAUGUUACCAUGGGUAAGAGCCCCUGCAGGAAAGGAAAGGAUAAUAGCUGUAAUAUCAGUUUGUCUCUCGGAGCUCCUCUCCCCCUGAACAUCUGUUUGCGUCGUUUUAAUUUGUACCAGAAAAAUAGGUUUCUGGAAUUGUGGCGUGAUGACCAAAGAACUAGGUGCGUCUCUAUCUGGAUCUUUGAUUAUUCAUUAUUGUCAUUGUAUUACCGAUUGAUAAAUGAUUGAUUCCCUUUUUGUUUUAUCUCUUGCUUCCUACAUUUUUUUCUUCAGUUUCUUUAAGUGUGUCUCUGAUACAGAGAAAUAAGAGUGACACGUGGCAGAAGAAUAAAAGCGAAGGAGGUUUGUUACGGGUUGUUACAAAAGGACGGAGAAGAGGCCAGGUGUCAGCUCAUUAGUUGUUGAGUUCAUCUCCGUUGACUCAACUAUAAACAAAAACGAAAGUUCAUUUUGUUAGAUUCAUUCAUGAAAAUUGUAUUAUGAUUCUCUUAAUUUGGACUUAUCUCUGUAAUACGUAUUUGGAGCUUAUAAUUGGAAAGGAUCAUUCUCUUUCGGGAUUCUUUACAAAUAAGCUACGAUUUGGUGUUUGUAACGAACGUCAGAUCGAUUCUAUAUCGAUAGAUACUUUUAUCGCUAUCAAGUGGUAUCAGAAGCCGUCGCAUCCUCGAAAUUUUUUUUCUCGUGGUGUGAUCGGAAUCUAUGGCGGGAACGAGGUUGCAGGCGUUAUCAGACGGUUUGGCGGCGAAGGAGAUGGAAGGCACGUUGGCAAAUCGAUUUGAGGCACUGGAAAAGGCGAUCGCUUCUCAGAUCGAGCAGAAUGAGCGUCAUGAUGGCGACGUGAGGGAGAUGAUCGAAGCUUUCAAAGUAAUGACGAAAAAAAAUACGGCGAAUGCUUCGGCGAGUGGUGAGCUGAAUCGCGGCAAAGUUCAGUGUGUUGGUGCGAUGAGAAAUGAACCAUACUGUUACAAUCGUCACAAUCAGGUACAUACGUAUCCAGGAAGAACGCGAUUGACGAAGAUUGAUUUUCCAAGGUUUGAUGGUGGUAAAAUCAAUGAGUGGUUUAGUAAGGCGGAGGAGUUCUUUGCUAUUGUUAAUACACCGGAGGAGGCUAAAGUGGGGAUUGCAUCUAUGCAUUUUGAUGGUGAUGCAUCAACUUGGCAUCAGGCUUUACGUCAAGAGGAUGAAGAAGCGGUGGUAUUGUGUAAUUGGAGAGCUUACAAGAACAGACUCAAAGAAAGAUUUGAGGAAGUUCUUGAUGAUCCGAUGGCAGAACUGAAAGAAUUGAGAGAAACUGAAGGAAUUGCUGCAUAGCAUGCGAAGUUUAAGUUGAUAAGAUCAAGGUUACGAAUGUCUGAGGAAUAUUUGCUGAGUGCAUAUCUGGCAGGUCUAAGAUUGGAUACACAGAUGCAUGUACAUAUGUUCAGUCCACAAUCAACUAGACAAUGCUUAGUGCUGGGGCGAUUAUAUGAGAAAGCACAUCCGAGGAAGGAGAGCAAAGCUAGUUGGGUGCCUCAGAGGUCGCAAUCAAACCACAAUCCACAACGAGGGUUGAUUGCACAACUGAAGGAGGAAGGAAGUAAACUGAAGGAGGCUAAUGGGAAGUUGAAACCUUUUCUAUCUUAGGCGGAAAUGAGUGAGAGAAGAGCAAAAGGAUUAUGCUAUUACUGUGAUGAGAAGUACACGCCUGAUCACUAUAUGAAGCAUAAGAAAACACAAUUGUUUUCUAUGGAGUGUGAAUAAGAUGAUGAGUUUCAUGAAGCGUUAGAGUACGUUGAAAAUGAGGAGCAUUAUGAAGAAACAGAACAAGCCAGGAUUUCAAUCAAUGCAAUUGCUGGUAUCACUGACUAUACCACAAUGAAGGUUUGCGGAAUUCAUGGCAAUAAGACGUCAUAUGUGCUUAUUGAUUUGGGAUCAACAUACAACUUCAUUGAUAAGAAGGUGGUAGAGAUGCUUGGUUGCAAAAUUAAAGAGGCAGGGCGAACCAAGGUUUCUGUCGCAGAUGGGAAUCAAAUUACAGUUUGUGGAAGAGUUGAUGAUUUCAGGUGGAAAUUUCAGGGUGAUCAGUUUCUAUCUGACUUUAUGGUGAUACCUUUGGGAGGUCAUGAUGUGGUUCUUGGUGUGCAGUGGUUAGCGAGACUUGGUCCAAUCACUUGGAACUUUGAUAAGUUGGAAAUGAGGUUUAAGUGGGAGCAACAGAAGGUUGUGCUAAAUGGUUUGCGACCGGGGUCAGUGAGAGAAGUGAAGUUUAAUAAGAAGGAUAAGAGCGGUGAUUCUACAAUGCAGUUGAAUAUGAUUUAUACAUAUGAGAAUACUGAAGAUAGUCCGUUGUCCUUGAGGGUAUUGAGUAGUGAAGCAGGACAGAAGAGUUUGAAAGGAGGUAUUGAGAGACUAAGACAUGAGUAUGGGGACAUAUUCAUAGAACCUACAUCCUUACCACCUUUCAAAACUAAUCACAAUCACAAGAUAGUAUUGAAGGAGGAUCUGACCCGGUGAACCAAAGACCUUACAGAUAUGCGGUUCAUUAGAAGAAUGAAAUUGAUAAAAUGGUGCAAGAGUUAUUGAAGGCGGGAACAGUACAAGCUAGUUCAAGUCCUUAUGCAUCACCUGUUGUUCUUGUGAAGAAGAAAGACAACACUUGGAGACCGUUUUCCUAUACAGUUGAUCGAAGAUUUGAUGGACGAGCUCGGCGGUUCACGUGUGUACUCAAAGAUUGAUCUGAGAGCAGGCUAUCAUCAAGUCAGAAUGGAGAAGAGUGACAUUCAUAAAACGGCUUUCAGAACACACAGUGGUCAUUUUGAGUAUUUGGUAAUGCCCUUUGGCUUAACCAAUCCACCAGCAACGUUUCAAGGCUUAAUGAAUCAUGUUUUCAGUGAGUUCCUCAGAAAAUUUGUGCUGAUCUUCUUCGAUGACAUAUUGAUCUAUAGCUCAUCUAAGGAAGAACAUGAAUUACAUUUGGAGGAAGUUUUUAAUCUGAUGAGAGCUAACAAGUUGUAUGCUAAAAGGAGUAAAUGUGAGUUUGCUACGGAUCGUGUAGAAUACCUUGGCCAUUUCAUUCAGGCAAGCGGAGUCUCUAUUGAUCCACACAAGGUUAAGGCAGUGGAGGAGUGGCCUCAACCGAAAUCAGUGAAAAUUCUUAGAGGGUUUUUGGGUUUAGCGGGGUACUACAGACGCUUUAUGAAGGAUUUUGGUAUCAUUGCUCGACCCUUGACUGCACUAAUGAAGAAAGAUGGAUAUGAAUGGAAUGGGGAAGCACAAGUAGCAUUUGAAGAACUGAAGAAAACGCUAUGUAAUGCUCCUGUUCUAGCUUUACCUCAGUUUGAUAAGCCUUUUGUAGUUGAGAUAGAUGCUUGUGGCAACGGUAUUGGUGCAGUACUGAUGCAAGAAAGGCACCCUUUGGCUUAUAUCAGUCGUCAACUAAAAGGAAAACAAUUGCAUUUAUCAAUCUAUGAGAAGGAGUUGCUGGCAGUGGUAUUUGCGGUUCAGAAGUGGCGCAACUACCUUCUCACAAAGCACUUUAUGAUUAGGACGGAUCAAAGAAGUAUUAAGUACUUGUUGGAGAAACGAUUAAACACUCUAGUGCAACAACAAUGGCUUCCUAAGCUGUUAGAGUUUGACUAUGAGAUUCAGUACAAACAAAGGAAAAACAAUGUAGCCGCAGAUACUUUAUCUCGAGUAGAAUGAUCUGAGAUAUUACACAUGGCUAUGACUGUUUUACAAUGUGAUUUUCGCCAGAAGAUUAUGAGUGGCUAUGAGCAAGAUCAGUUGUUGCUGGAGAUAAUCGAGCAGUUACAGAAGGAUCCGAAAGCUAAGAAGCAUUUUUCUUGGUCUCAAGGAAUCCUUAGGAGGAAGAAUAAGAUUGUGGUACAAAAUGAUGGAGAGUUACGAAAUUCAAUACUGGAGUGGUUACAUUGUUCAAGUCAAGGGGGACAUUCGGGAAGAGAUGUGACGGUCCAACGAGUUAAGAGUUUGUUCUAUUGGAAGGGAUUAGCUAGGGAUAUUCAGGCUUACUUAAGAGGCUGUGGUGUGUGUCAGAGGUGAAAGUAUGGUAAUGCCGCAUCACCGGGUCUCUUACAACCAUUGCCUAUUCCAGAGGCUGUGUGGGUGGAUAUAUCAAUGGAUUUCAUCGAUGGUUUACCGGUUUCUUAUGGGAAGUCGGUCAUCUUUGUCGUCGUUGAUAGAUUGAGCAAAGCAGCUCACUUCAUGGCGUUAUCACACCCUUACAAUGCUGCUUCUGUGGCUCAAGUCUUCUUGGAUACAGUCUAUUGUCAACAUGGAUUCCCUCGUUCAAUUGUGAGUGACAGAGAUGCUGUAUUUCUCAGUGAGUUUUGGCAAGAGUUGUUCACACUACAGGGUUGUUCUCUUAACCUUUCUACGACUUAUCACCCACAGAGUGAUGGCCAAACGGAGGUGGUCAAUUGUUGUGUGGAAACAUAUUUGAGGUGUAUGACAAGUGACAAACCGCAUCUCUGGAGCAAAUGGUUGCCAUUAGCCGAGUUUUGGUACAAUACAAACUUUCACUCUGCUACACAAACUACUCCUUAUGAAGCUGUUUAUGGUCAACCACCACUAGUACAUCUUCCAUAUAUGGCUGGAGAAUCCAUGGUUCAAGUGGUUGCUAAGUGUUGGAGGAUCGUGAGAAGAUGAUUAUAAUCCUCAAGUUUCAUUUGUUGUGGGCACAACAUCGCAUGAAACAUGAAGCUGACAAGCACCGCAGUGAUAGGAGCUUCGAGAUUGGAAAUUUAGUCAUUGUCAAGCUGCAACCUUAUCGUCAAAAAUCUGUUGUCUUGCGUGAAUCUCUGAAACUUUCCCCUAAGUUCUAUGGUCCUUACAAGAUCCUUGAUAAAAUGGGAAGCGUGGCAUAUAAGUUGGAGUUACCUAAUUCCUCAAGAAUUCAUCCGGUGUUCCACGUUUUGCAGCUCAAAAGGGUGAUUGGCACUGCGACAUCAACAACACAGCUCCCAACUAUCUUGACUGACACGGUGAUCAAGGUUCCAAAGACUUGUUUGGGAAGGAAGUUUGUGAAGCGGCAAAACAGAGCAGCUACGAUGAUUCUUGUGAAGUGGAGGGAUGAGAGUAAAGAUACUGCAACAUGGGAAUUUCUUUAUGACUUGCAGAAAAAGUUUCCAGAUUUUUCACCAUAACCUUGUGGUCAAGGUUCUUUCGGAGGGAAGGAUUUGUUACAGAGAAAUAAGAGUGAUCGAUAAGAUGUCUUCAUCAGGAAAAUGCCUUUUUUUCUUCUUGAAAAAACCUUUUGAGAAAUUUAUUUCCCCACAAAGACCUAGUUUGGAAAACCAGGUCUCUACAGUUGCCGUGGAAAUGGAGAAGCUAGAUGUCAUUCAGGAGGUAUAAGUCACAACACAUUCCAUGUUCUUUUGUUCUCUACUUGUUUCUGAUUAUAACAUUGUUGCAAUCAGAGUGAAAAAGUUGAGAAACUGAUGCUUGAGCAGAGCAUAAGCCAUACAAUUGUAUGCAACAAAAUGAAGAAGGAGUAUCCAGGUAGGGAUGGAAACCCGCCAAAAAUGGCGGUUCAAGGGUUGUCUUUUGCUGUUCCUUCGGGAGAAUGCUUUGGUAUGUUAGGGCCCAAUGGUGCCGGGAAGACCUCAUUCAUCAACAUGGUCAGUACCCAAAUGGACAGAAAAUAUUUUGAGCUUAGCCUCUGCCUAGAAUAAGAGAGUUUAGUAUUGUUGUACUUUUGUGGCCAGAUGACUGGGCUUGUGAAACCGACAUCAGGGUCAGCGUUUGUACAAGGUUUUGACAUAUGCAUGGAUAUGGACAGAGUAUACACCAGCAUGGGUGUAUGUCCAUAACACGAGUAAUUGUUUAAAAAAUUUUUUUUGUUAUGUUCACUAUACAGAAAAAAAUCAUCUUGUUGUUUUAUGAUUUCCUUAUGCCUACUGUAAACCAGCUUACUCUGGAAAACACUGUCAGGAAGGGAGCAUCUGCUCUUCCAUGGGAGACUUAAGAAUCUCAAAGGCUCUGAUCUAGACCAAGUAUGUUAUCAAUCUGUUUUAGUCCAAAAUAUCAAAGCCUAAACGAUUGAUAUUCACCAUAUUAGGCUGUAGAAGAGUCCCUUAAGAGUGUAAACCUAUUGCGUGGAGGAGUUUCUGACAACCCUGCUGGAAAAUACAGCGGAGGUAUGAAAAGACGGCUGAGUGUAGCCAUUUCACUUAUAGGGAGUCCUAAGUAUGCAUUUGGUUUACUCAUGUUCGUGUCUUAAGUUUACAAGCUGUAACUAUUCCUUUUUUCACGUAAAAGGUGGUUUACAUGGAUGAGCCGAGCACAUGACUUGAUCCAGCUUCAAGAAUGAACCUAUGGACAGUCAUCAAAUGCGCAAAAACAAACUCUGCGAUAAUCCUCACGACUCAUUCUAUGAAAGAGGCAGAGUUUCUAUGUGACCGUUUGGGGAUAUUUGUAGAUGGAAGGUUACAAUGCAUAGGAAACCCAAAAGAGCUAAAGGGAAGGUAUGGUGGAUCUUAUGUGUUAACUAUGACAACAACACCAGAACAUGCGAAAGAUGUAGAGAUGUUGGUUCAAGAUGUUUCUCCAAACGCCAGGAAGCUAUAUCACAUCGCUGGGACACAGAAAUUUGAGAUCCCAAAAGAAGAAGUUCGGAUCUCACAAGUGUUUCAGGCGGUGGAGAAGGCCAAGCGCAGUUUCAAGGUGUUUGCUUGGGGACUUGCGGACACAACUCUUGAAGAUGUCUUCAUUAAGGUUGCUAGAAGUGGUCAGGCCUAUAAUGUCUUCUCCUGAAAUAUUCUUAAGAUCAUUAUCGUUAUUGUCUGUUUAACAUCAAUAAUUGUUCUCGUUUGUGGAAUUGGUCAUGCAGUGCCGUGCGAGGGUAUCUAGAGGCUUAAGGCAAUUUAAAAAAUUGGGGCCCUUUCAUAUAAUCGGUAACGUGCGAGGGUAUCUAGAGGCUUAAGGCAAUUUAAAAAAUUGGGGCCCUUUCAUAUAAUCGGUAAACAUAUAAAUAAUAUAUAGUUUUCAUAGGAUAGAAAGUAAUGAAAACAAAACCAAAAGAUACUAUAUCAACAAAAGAAAAGAGGAAGAAAUACCAAAGAUGGAUGGUUCCACGAGAAAGAAAACAAAGCAAUAUGAAUAUGAAUAUGAUGUAUCAAAUUUUUGUGAAAGACAGAUAUAAUAUGAUGAGAAAAAUAUCUAAAUCAAUUAAGAUUCUGAUUUAUGGUACUUUCGGAAAGUUUACUCUAAAACAUUAUUAUCUUAUAUAUUAAAACAUAAGUCAUGACUUCUUUUCAUGUGUGAUUUUUUUUAGUUUGGACCAUUCCUAGAAAAUAUCAUAUUUUACAUAAGUUCAUUAUUAUAUCUUUUAAUAUAUUUAUCAUUUUAUUUGAAAUACAAAUGAAUAUAUUUAAAAUGUUCUAACAAAAUCUUUUUAAAAUCUUCUUAGAAUCUUUUUAAAUUUACUUU